GCAUAUAUCCACAUGAGCGCGAUCCGAUCUCGCCCGUCACAAGUUUUCAGCCACAUCCGCCACCUCAGCCACAUCGGGCCUCUACCAGUCGCCCGCCAGUCACUCCGCCAGGCUUUGCUGUCUCGUCUUUUCGUCGACCCAUUCGCUACGAUGGCCUCUCAACGCGUAUGUGCCGGGAAGAACGUUUUUGUCCACGGUAGCUUGAAGUCGGCCACCGUCGUCGUAGACGCCGCGACAGGCAAGAUCACUGAAGUCUAUGACGAUGUACGCGACCGGGGGAGCUUUCCAGACGUGGAGGACGCCAACUGGAUCGAUGCUGGAGACAAGUACAUUCUCCCAGGUCUCGUAGACGCCCACGUCCACCUCAAUGAGCCAGGCCGGACGGACUGGGAAGGAUUCUGGACGGGCACGCGUGCUGCGGCGUCUGGCGGUGUCACGACAGUCGUGGAUAUGCCCUUGAAUUCCAUUCCUCCGACCACGAAGGUGGCGAACCUCGAGGAGAAACGUGCGGCUGCGAAGGGUCAGUGCUGGACGGAUGUCGCCUUCUGGGGCGGUGUGAUUCCCGGAAACCAGGCUCAUUUACGACCACUGAUCGAUGCUGGCGUGAAAGGCUUCAAGUGCUUCCUGAUCGAGAGCGGUGUGGACGAAUUCCCGUGUGUGAAUGAGACGGAUCUCCGACUCGCCAUGGACCAACUGAGGGACGCACCCACCGUCCUCUGCUUUCACGCCGAGCUCGACAAACACAGCCAUCCAGCCCCCACCGCAGAUCCAACGGAGUACAACACGUUCCUCACUUCGCGCCCGCAGCAGCUUGAGGUCGACGCCAUCGCGCUCAUCACGACCCUCCAGAAGCAAUACCCCUCCCUCCGGCUACACAUCGUCCACCUCUCCGCCGCCUCCGCGCUCCCGCUGAUCCGCGCUGCCAAAGCGUCGGGCCUCCCACUGACGGUCGAGACGUGUUUUCACUACCUCUGCCUAAACGCAGAGCAGAUCCCCGCCGGCCGCCCCGAGUUCAAGUGCUGCCCACCCGUGCGCGAGGAGGGCAACCGCGCCGCGCUGUGGGAUGCGCUGCUAGAGGGUACAAUCGACUGUGUCGUGAGCGACCACAGCCCGUGCGUUGCGAGUCUGAAAAGGUUGGAGGACGGGGACAUCAUGAAGGCGUGGGGCGGUAUCAGUACGCUCGGGCUGGGGCUGAGUUUGUUGUGGACGGAGGGGAAGAAGCACGGCGUGGGGAUCGAGAGGAUCGUGGAUUGGUGCGCGGUGAAGACGGCGAAGCAUGCGGGUUUGGCAGGGAGGAAGGGCGCGCUAGAGGUGGGGUAUGACGCGGAUCUGGUCGUGUGGGAUCCGAAGGAGGAGUUCACGGUGACAAGGGAGUCGUUGAACUUCAAGAAUAAGCUCACCCCGUACGAGGGCCUGAAGCUGCAGGGACGAGUGCAGAAGACCUAUGUACGAGGCCAGCUCGUGUACGACCGUGCGGGUGGUGCGUUCAAAGGGUUGCAGCCCGUCGGGCAGCUACUAUAGCUCCGGACUCAAAGAGACACGAAUAUGAACGAGAAAUCUUUGUCUGUACUGCAGAUGCUUUAACACAGACUAACUGCACAGGUGCUCCCAAACUUGAAUGAUCACGCCGCAUCUUGUCGCGCAGCCGCAUGAGCGCCUUUCCGAGCUCGUUCCUUCCUUGACCAUCGUGUCCACAUCCCCAGAAGGAGUCGACCUGUUUGGAUGAUGAGCGUCGGGCCUAGUCAUCGCGAGCAAGGUUCAUACCGGA